AUGUCACAGCGACCGUCCCGCCGCGAAGACUUCGAAGUCGCCAUCAUUUGCGCGCUACCACUCGAGUACGAUGCGGUCGCCCUCCUGUUCGACGAGUUCUGGGAUAAAGAUGGGGAUACAUUUGGAAGAGCGGUCGGAGACGUUAACAAUUAUACAACCGGUCGCAUUGGCAAGCAUGAUGUCGUGCUAGCUCUCUUACCUGACAUGGGCAAAACCAAUGCAGCUGGCGCCGCGGCCAGUAUGCGGUCAAGCUACGGAGCUCUAAGGCUGGUGAUCUUGGCUGGGACUUGUGGCGGCGUGCCCCAAAACGACCAAGACGAAGUGUUCUUAGGAGAUGUGGUUAUCAGCAAGACUGUUAUUCAAUACGACUUUGGCACGAUGUAUCCCCAUGGGUUUAUCCGUAAAGAUACGGUCGAAGAUAAUCUGAGCAAACAUGAUAAAAAUAUUCGCAACCUCUUGGCAAUAUUCAAUACAGAUAGCGGCCAAGAGAAGCUUCAACAAAAAACUGCCUACUUUCUCAAACAGCUUCAGGAGAAGGCUAUAAAGCAUCGAGCCAAGUAUGAAUAUCCCGGAAUGGCAAAGGAUAAGCUAUUUGAGUCAAGCUAUCGUCACAGGCACCAUAACUCAGGGAUGUGCGUAUGCAGCAACAUCCAUGGAAGAAAAGAUCCAGCCUGCGAUGAAGCCCUCACUUCGUCGUGUGAUGAUUUAGGAUGCGAUGAUGAAUACUUGGUGGAGAGAAGCCGACAAGACAAGGCGCAGGAUCCUGCUAUUUAUAUUGGCGCAGUUGCUUCGGGCGAUACAGUCAUGAUGUCAGGAGAAGACCGGGAUAGAAUUGUUAAGAAAGAACGCGUAAUUGCGUUUGAGAUGGAGGGAGCCGGAGCAUGGGAAGAAGUUCCAUGCAUUGUGGUCAAGGGUAUAUGCAACUAUGCCGACUGCCACAAGAACAAGAUAUGGCAGCAUUUCGCAGCAGCAACAGCAGCAUCUGCAUCAAAGGCGAUUCUUGAACGGUAUAUGAAAACGGAU